GUCGGUGGCAGCGCGCCCCCAGCGGCGGUGCAGCGGUGCUGCGGCUCCGGCGCCGGGGUUAAAAAGCGGCGGGGCGGUGCGCAGGGGCCACAGUGUGUGGGGUGUGUUUGAAGAAGAGGCACAGAAAAGAAAAAAAAAGUUAAAGGAGCGGAUUUUUCUGCAGCUGCAUCCUCCGAGAGCAUCAUCAUGGCAAAUAAAGCACAGCAACCUCCUCACCUGCACCUGGCCGAGGUCACCGCGUCCCAGUUCCUCGACAUUUGGAAACAUUUCGACGCUGAUGGUAAUGGCUACAUUGAGGGAAAGGAGCUGGAGAACUUCUUCAAGGAGUUGGAGGUGGCCCGGAGAGGAGCAGGGGUGGAUCCUACAAACCCCAUAUUCAGAGAAAAGAUGAAGGAGUUCAUGCAGAAGUUCGACAAGAACAAAGAUGGACGUAUUGAGAUGUCAGAGCUGGCCCAGAUUCUCCCAACUGAAGAGAACUUCUUGCUCUGCUUCAGACAGUUUGUCAGCUCCAGUGCUGAGUUUAUGGCGGCAUGGAGGCGAUACGAUACAGAUCGCAGUGGCUACAUUGAAGCAAAUGAACUGAAGGGCUUUCUGUCAGACCUGCUGGAGAAGGCUAACAGACACUAUGAUGACCAGAAGCUGCAGGAGUACACACAGACCAUCCUCAGGAUGUUUGAUCUGAAUGGAGACGGCAAGUUGGGCCUGUCAGAGAUGGCAAGGCUUCUCCCUGUCCAGGAGAAUUUCUUACUCAACUUCCAGGGUGUCAAGUUGACCACUGAGCAGUUCAAUGCCAUCUUCACAUACUAUGACAAGGAUGGCAACGGCUACAUUGAUGAGCAAGAGCUGGACGCCCUGCUACGAGACCUUUACCAGAAAAACAACAAGGAGGUGGACUUGAAGAGCCUGACGGGCUACAAGCAGAGCAUCAUGAGCCUGUCCGACGGCGGAAAGCUCUACCGCGGCGAGCUUGAAAUCGUCCUCUGCAGGGAGCCAAUUGUGUGACUCUUCCUUCUCUCUUGUUGUAUAUCUUCAUUUUCUCUGCCUGUCCCGCCCUGCUCUCCUGUGACCACACCCACUCUCAGCUGCCUGGGAACAUAUACCAGGUGCAUGUGCCAGGCACCCCCCCCUCCAGCCCAUGCCAUCAUUUCCCCAACCUCCCAAUCUGAAGUUACAACUUCAGAAUGAAUGAUAAGCGCACUGUCAGCACGCAACAGCUCUUCUUUUUCUUUUACUGCAAUUCUGAACUCCUAAACCCGAAACCAUGACCUUUCUGAAACCUCUAGCUUUUCACCUUCCCAACCCGACCCCCCAUCUGUCUGUCCUGAACCCUUUCUGAACUCUUCCCUGCUCAUGCUGUGCCUGACUUGCAACUCCUGGCCAAAAGCCCAAACCCAUUAUUCCACAGAAAUGACCCUUUGACCUGUUGAUAAACCCUAAACCUUGACCCCCUCCAUUCCCUCCACUCUUUCAACUUUGCAUUAGAUACAAUAUAUAGUCAAACAAAACUGCAGACUGCUGUGUUUAAAUUUAUCUAAUUUAUAGUCUGUGAUGGAACUGGUAUUGGUUUUUCCACCUCUAUUUGCCCUCUUGUUCUAUUGCCAUGAUAUGAUUUUCAUUUUCAAUGUUUGGUUUUGGCUGAUACUGUCAAUUGAAAAUAUUAAUAAACUGUCUUAAGAUAAAAUCA